UUAUCCUGCUAUCCUAUAGAUGUCAUACUAUAUCGAAACGAUAUUGCCAUCUACCAGUCGGUCACCGGAAUCAACGAAACUAAAUCUUGAAUAUUUUCCUUAUACUUGACUUUUUCAACUUAUUAGAACUCGUAAGACAUUCUUUGUCAGCCAAAUAAUACUCGUAAAUGUAAUAAAUUACUAGUUCUUAAUUCUGCGCUAUCACUGUUAUCAGAAGAUUAAUGUAUAAUUAUUUCACAUUAAAGUUCUUCUAAUUAUUAUUUUCAACAAAUAGCAUCAAUGAUCUACGAAGAAACCUCGAAUUACAUUAUAGUUUGUAAACGAACAAUAAAAUAAAAAAAUACGCCCCUCACUACAUGAUCGCGCGCCUGCUUAAUCUUGGCGGCUGUCACGUUCUGUCAAGUCUCCUUGUUAGCCUAUGCUCAUCAGCCAUGCUGUAUAUAACUGUAAAAAGUAUAAAUUCGAACAAUUAAGUAUCCCUCGGUGUGGUUCCGAGCUAUUGCAAAAAACAACGGCCUGCAAUCGUGAUCAAACAUGUACCGUAUCUUUUCCGAUCUAACAACUGAUACGGGUGUGUCUACGCGCGUGUUCCAAUACGUGACCAAGUAUGUCAGUCAGUUUGUAAAAGUGCGAGUGCCCCGUAACCGAAGCAAGCAUUAAAUUACCAAUAGUUAGUAAUUUUCCAACGAUGUCAGCUGACAUCCUGCAGGAUAAGAGCGUGGCCUUGAACGGCAAGAAUGACGUACCGGUCGUCUCGCAGCCCACCAUCAGGAGUGGACUAAGGGUUUAUAAGAUUGUUGUUUUGGGCGAUGGUGGUGUUGGUAAAUCAGCUGUCACUCUACAGUUUGUCAGUCAUAGCUUCCUUGAUUACCAUGAUCCAACUAUAGAGGAUUCGUAUCAACAACAAGCAGUUAUAGAUGGUGAGGCUGCACUUUUAGACAUAUUGGAUACUGCUGGGCAGGUGGAAUUCACAGCUAUGCGUGACCAAUAUAUGAGAUGUGGAGAGGGGUUUAUGAUAUGUUACUCUGUAACUGAUAGGCACAGCUUUCAGGAAGCUCUGGAGUAUAGGAAAUUAAUAACAAGAGUAAGAGCUAAUGAAGAUAUACCACUGGUAUUAGUUGGCAACAAAUUUGAUCUGCAACAUCAAAGAAAGGUAACCACAGAAGAGGGAAAGGCACUUGCUGAACAGCUUGGUUGCCCUUUUUAUGAAACAUCCGCUGCACUUAGACAAUUCAUAGAUGAUGCAUUUUACUCAUUAGUUAGACAAAUUCGAGCUAAAGAGAGAUCACGAAAUUCAGUACGUAAACAUAGUCGUUGGUGGCGACUUCGUUCGAUUUUCGCGUUUAUUUUUAGAAGAAAGCAAAGACACGUGAACAACCAUCACUAUUCUCCUUAAAUGUAGCCAUUUUAAAAAUAUUUUUUUUUUUU